AAAAAAUAAAGCUAAAAAAAAAAGAAGAAAAAAACCUUUCCCAUCAGAGAAAGAGAGAGAUCUCUUUGGAAACAUGGAGCUGCUGUGCUGCGAGGUGGAUCCCAUGAGGAGAGCUCUGCCUGACCCGAACUUGCUCUACGAUGACCGCGUUUUGCACAACUUACUAACCAUAGAGGAAAGGUAUCUGCCCCAAUGCUCCUACUUCAAGUGCGUCCAGAAGGACAUCCAGCCCUUCAUGAGGAGGAUGGUGGCCACUUGGAUGCUGGAGGUCUGCGAAGAGCAGAAGUGCGAAGAAGAAGUUUUCCCUCUGGCCAUGAAUUACUUGGACAGAUUCUUAGCUGUGGUGCCCACUCGGAAGUGCCAUCUGCAGUUGCUGGGGGCGGUGUGCAUGUUUCUGGCCUCCAAGCUGAAAGAGACAAUCCCCCUCACAGCCGAGAAGCUGUGCAUAUACACGGACAAUUCCAUCAAACCCCAAGAGCUGCUGGAAUGGGAGCUGGUGGUGCUGGGGAAGUUGAAGUGGAACCUUGCAGCCAUCACCCCACACGAUUUCAUUGAACACAUCCUAAGGAAGGUGCCUCUCCCUAAAGACAAGUUGCUUUUGAUCCGGAAGCAUGCACAGACCUUCAUCGCCCUUUGUGCCACAGAUUUUAACUUUGCCAUGUACCCACCAUCAAUGAUAGCAACUGGAAGUGUGGGGGCAGCCAUCUGUGGCCUUCAGCUCGAUGAUGGGGACAGUCUCACGGACCUCCUGGCCAAGAUCACAAACACAGAUGUGGACUGCCUUAAAGCUUGUCAGGAACAGAUCGAGGCGGUGCUUGUGAAUAGCCUGCAGCAAGUCCGGCAGCAGCAGCAGCAGCAGAGCAACCCCUCCAAGACAGUGGAUGAACUGGACCAGGCCAGCACUCCCACAGAUGUGAGAGACAUCAACCUGUGAGGACGUCAGCACACAAAGUCACGCUUGCUCCCCCAGACCCUUUAUUUUUGUUAUUAUUUUUAGAGUGAAAUUUUUUUUUUAAUCUGCUCCCACAUAGAACAUAUUUAAAGCUCUUUUAGGUAUAAAGAAAAACAAAAAAAAAAGUACAAAAACCAAAUAACGAAAAAAAAAGGCAUUUGGUACCUGUGAUGUUCUACAGAAGGGAAUCCCACGAUAUAUUUGGUAAUUGCUAUUUGAUUAUGUAUCAGUGAAAUUAAAUGCUUAUAAAAGCAUACAAAGUAGCUAGAUCAAUGUAAGCCUGCAUUUGUGGGAACAAAGUAGAGUAUACCUGUCUGUGUAUUAUGAACUAGUGCAUACACCCCUUUUUUAGAUAUAAGAAAGGAAUUGUGUGUGCGAUUUUAUGGCUUGACUAGAUUGCAAAGCAAUAGAAUAAGGGGUUUAGGGCAAAGUGGGAAAAGAUCCCUGAAGCAAUUGAACCAUUUUGAAUGCAGAAGAGAUUUGCUGAUCUGUCACCUCUGUUAUUAGUCAGAAGUGUUUGUUGGAUCUCUAUAUGUUAGUUUUGUUUACUCUUGCUGUCUGUGGUAGCUGCUACCUAAGAAAAAGAUGCUUUAUUUUACCAGCCAGAAGAGCAGGUGUCUUUUGGGCUUUUUAGUUGAUUUAUUUUUCUUUUUUUUCCCCCACAACUUCCCCUCUGCCCCUCUUGACUUUUUAUCUACUUUGCCUUCCGAAAUGGUUAAUUCUAAACACAGCAGCAUCUUUGGCAUGAGGGCAAUUCCUUUUACCCAGCUGUGGGCCAAGCCAAAGUUCCCAAGCGUUCACGCUCAGUGGGGGGAAUGCACGCAUUAAUCCCAACCUGUUGGCUGGGCAGACCACCUCCAACCUUUGGAUUGCAAGAUGUGGUGGAUCAUCUAGGGAAAGCAUUAUAUUCCUACACAGUGCUAAUGCUUCAUGUCCAUCUUAAUGUCUGGCAGUUUCUUAGCUUGGCCACAAAGACAUUUAAAUGAUGCUCUGUCCAUCUUCCCUUGUAAUAGCCCCUCACUGUGUUAAAGAAGAUGGGGUUUGGUUUGCUCCCUUGUCUCUCUUUUCCCCCACUCCCCCUGCACAUUUUUUCAGCAUUUCAUUAACUUUAUUGAUCUACAGUGAGCGUUUUUGUAAACCAUUUCAUUCAAAAAGCACUUUGAAAAUUGUUCCUAAGGGAUUAAAUGAGAUGGUUUAUGACAAUUUUGCCAAGGAAAAAAAAAAAAAAAAAAAAAAAAAAAAAAAGGAGAAAAAAAAGGAAA